AUGCCGACAAAAAUUCCUCGCGAACAAGAACAACAACAAUUAGAACAACUUGAAUUCGAAAUUCAAUAUCACGAAACUAUGGAAAAUACAACUUAUCAACAUCAAUCAUCGCCCAUAGAAAAGCAAUCGUUGCCAACAGUGGAGCCAAAGCUUCCAAAAAAGCGUGGUCCAAAAAAGAAACAAAUGACACCGUCACGUGUAGCACGUUUCAAGGUUCGACGCAUCAAAGCGAAUGGUCGCGAACGUGAACGUAUGAAAGGUCUUAACGAACAAUUAGAAUGUCUUCGCCAAACCAUUCCUUGUUUCGCAUUAUCACAAAAAUUAUCGAAAAUUGAAACAUUACGUUUAGCAAAAAACUAUAUUGAAGCCUUGACUCAAAUGGUAUCGAGCAAUCAAAUACCUGAUAAUGAACGUUUUGCUGAAUUACUCUGUCGUGGUUUAUCACCAAAUACCGUCAAUAUUGUUGCUGCAACACUUUCAAUAAAUCCACGAGUAUUACAACACAAUAAUAAUGACAAUCAUUGUCAAACAUUUCCACCUAAUCUUACGACAUACGAUGAUACUUAUGUAUUAUCAUCUAUGCAUCCCCGUGUAAAAAAUCCACUAGAAUUUAUUAAUUUAAAGAAAACCUCAAAUGAAAGUGAAGAUGAUAGUGGGAUUUAUCGUUCAAAUAGUUUCGACUAUGGUUCAUCCUGUUGCGGUGAUAGUAGUACGGAGUGUAUCAGUCCAAUAACAACAUUACCCGAACAUUCUCAAGCAACAAUGCCAGCAACACAUUUUUAUUCGAAUGAACAACAAUUUAUGCUUACUGAUAAUCCAUUUUAUUACUAUCCAACGCAUUAUUGA